UACUACGAUCGUGUUCAGCACACCAUCCAGCACGAGAAGAUUACAUCCAAGAUUCCGAGAGAGAGAGUAGCUCCUGUAUUGCACCGGGACGGUUAUUACUAUUUGCAGGACUUUGUGACAAGUUGUGUGUGUGCUAAAUCAUCAACAUGAAACACGUGAUCGUUAUCUUCGCCUCCCUGCUCGUAUUCUGCGCCGCCCAGGCCCAGGACGAUGUGCAACUAGUGCAGUUCACCAACGACAACAACGUCGAUGGAAGCUACCAAUUUGCCUACGAGCAGAGCGAUGGACAAAAGCGUGAAGAGAAGGGUGAAUUGAAGCCGGUGGAGGGAGCUGAGGAGCCAGCAUUGUCGGUGACCGGUUCGUACGAAUAUACUGACCCCAACGGACAGCGAUACCGUGUCGAAUAUGUCGCAGACGAGAAAGGAUACCGUCCGACGGUGACCAAGCUGUAGAGCGAAUUUUCCAACGCUUGCCGGCAACGGGGAACACAGUGAGAUUCAACACA